AUGUCGGAAUUUGGCGAUUGGUACCGAAGUAUACCAGAAAUUACUAAGUACUGGUUCACUGGUUCAACAGUUUUGCCAUUGCUUGGUCGAAUAGGUUUUCUUAGUGCAUAUUAUAUGUUACUCGAAUGGAAUCUUUUCUUCUAUAAGUUUCAGAUUUGGCGGCCCAUAACAGCACUUUUCUUUUAUCCAAUUACACCAAAUACGGGUUUUCAUUGGUUGUUAAUGUUGUAUUUCCUAUAUAAUUAUUCAAAAAGUUUGGAAACAGGAAUUUUUGAUUCUCGACCUGCAGAUUAUCUUUUUCUUCUCAUUUUCAACUGGAUCCUUUGUACUAUUCUUUCUUUGGCAGCAGGCGUUUAUUUCUUGCUUGAUAGUAUGGUUCUGAGCGUUCUUUACAUCUGGUGUCAGUUAAAUAAAGAUCAAAUUGUACAAUUUUGGUUCGGCAGUCAAUUUAGAGCGAUGUACUUGCCAUGGAUACUUAUUGGAUUCAAUUUAAUUCUUCGUGGUAAUGUUAUGGCAGAACUGAUUGGAAUUUUAGUCGGUCAUUCGUAUUAUUUUGUCAUGUUUAAAUAUCCGCAAGAUUUUGGCGGUCGUACAUUUUUCACCACACCGCAGAUUCUGUAUGAUUGGUUCCCAAGCCGUGUUGGCGGUGUUCAUGGCUUCGGUUCUGCUCCUUCAAAUAGACGACCAGAAACAGGUGGUGGAGGACACGUGUGGGGACAAGGUCGAACACUUGGUGGAAAUUAG